AUGGCGAGUCCACGAGCGCUUCAGCGGUUGACUACGCUGCCAGGACAUGCAGAGGCGGUAUGGCACAUCGCGUGGAACCCUAAGCAGCCUAUAUUAGCUUCUUGCUCUACUGACCGUGAUGUUCGGCUAUACUCGUUCGCGAGCCUACCGUCGGGUGUGACAGGUGACGUGGAAACCGUUUUCAAUUUGCGCGAGGUCAUUCCCACUGGUCAUAAGCGCACUGUUCGCUAUAUCUCCUGGUCACCUUCUGGUGAAAUAUUCGCUACAGCUUCCUUUGACAGCACGGUCGGGAUAUGGGAACGAAUUCCCGAAGGUGUGAGGGACGGCGACAAUGGCGACCCCGAGUGGGACUGCUCUGGAACGCUGGAGGGCCACGACAGUGAAUGCAAAUGCAUUGAAUUUAGCUAUAAUGGCAAUCUCUUGGCUAGCUGCAGCCGCGAUAAGAGUGUAUGGGUUUGGGAGGUGCAGCCAGAUUCAGACUUCGAGUGCUUGGGCGUACUCAUGGAGCAUACACAGGAUGUCAAAACGAUUGCAUGGCACCCCAAAGAAGAGCUUCUCGCCUCUGCGUCUUAUGAUGAUACCAUCAAAUUAUAUUUAGAUGAUCCGACCGAGGACUGGUUCUGCUAUGCUACAUUGAAAGGGCAUAGUUCCACUGUUUGGUCCCUUGCUUUCUCGCCUUGUGGCAAAUACCUUGCCUCUGCCUCGGAUGACAAGACCAUCAGAAUUUGGAGAAGGUACUCGGAGAACGAGUGCAACGAAAAAGGCAUCCGACCCGAGGGCAAAAUUCCUGGGCGCGCCGGGGACAGGUGGCUGGAGGUAUGCAAUUUGGAAGGCUACUUUACACGCGCCAUCUACAGUUUGAGCUGGGCCCUGGGCGAUACUUCUGUCCCAAAUCAGUCUCUUGGAAAGCUAGCAUGUGCAGGAGCUGAUGGGAAUAUUAUCGUCUUCUAUCUCGAUCCAUCGUCUGAUGCACCUCAGGUCGAGGUAGCCGCACAGGUCGAAAAUGCUCAUGGCUUGUCAGAAGUAAAUUGCAUCGCUUGGGAACCGAGCAAGAAGGAGGGGCAGUCACCUCACCUGCUCGCAAGCGCGGGGGAUGACGGCCAAGUGCAUAUUUGGAUAGAGCCGAGUCCCUCCCGUAUGGCAUAG